UCGGGUUGUGGAGGUUGGAGUGUUAGAAAAGUGUGUACUAAAGUGGCCAUUUUCAUUUGCAAAGAUGGGGUCCAGUUAUCGCUUUUUGUCCAUUGCUUUGGGGUUGCUAUUCUGUGCAUCUGGUGUCGUGAAGGUUGUACCUCUUGAGCCAGCCUACAGCAUGCAGAAAUCUGAAUUCAACCGGUUCGUUCAAGUGUUCCCAUUUCAAUCUUUCACCGGGUACAAGCCGACAGCUGACCUAUUCCGUACCGUCGUCGGUGUCCUGGAGCUGUCCUUUGGCUUACUGCUGGCCUGCGGGACCUACGAGUGGCAUUGCUACAGCUCCUACGCCCUGCUUGGGAUCAUGGUAGGUGCCGUCUACACUCUCCUGGCGCUCUCCGAUCCGGUGCAGAACGUUCUCAUUCCAGCGGUCUUUGGCGGACUCUUGUUCUAUCUGAUCACUCGUCAAGGUCGUUACAACUCGUAACUGCAGUUUCAAGCCGAGACGAAGAGAGAGGGAUGAGUCGGAUUUGGUGUUUCGUCGUCUCUUGGGAGGAGGCCAUUUUUCAUGAUGGUGGAGGAUACCUUCAUUUGGAUGGAAACGUUCUCAACAGGAACAACGAUCACAAAGUCCGCAGCAGAGCUGUGCCCAUUUUGGAUAUAAAGGGCAUUACUAACACAUAAAAGGAGCUAAUCAGGGAACUAUUUGUUAUGUUCUAUUGAUAAUAUAACCAUCAAUUUUAUUAAUUGUAACCAAAGUGUUUACCAUUUAAUUUUAUUUUUAUGAUGAAGGAUCUAUCGGGUUGGCUCAGUGGUUUCUUGUCUCAACUUCGUGGACCCCCCCCCCCUGUUCAAAUCCCAGACUGGAGCCUUGAAUACAAUUAUAAUUUCAGUCCCUGCCUGAUUGCGGUGGGUUUUCCUCCCACAUCUUAAACUGAUAUUUCUUCAUCGUCUUUUUUGCACAGGUAUCUUCAGGCUGACAGGUCACAGAGCUUUUGUCGAGAAAUAUAUUCUUUGAAUCAGUGCAAAAGCGUCAAACCUCAAUUUUGCAUCUUGCAUGAAAAUGCUCUGUGCAAAAAUACUUUUUCCGUGUUUCAUCUGGGCUAAUUUAAUUGUGAUAUGACAUCUCAACAUUGCAAAUUGGCCCAUAUGUAAGCGCUAUUUAAGAAGAUCUGCUGAUACAACAUUUUUGUAUUGACUUGGCGCUAUAAUGAUCCAUUCUUUGUAUGGAUCAUUUUGGCUCUGGGUUUUGUUUUUUUAAGCGCUUCCGAUUGUAACAAUAUGCAAGAAUUUAAUAUAAAAGCUUUUUAGUGGGCUUCUGAGAUAUCUUUGGGUAGAUCACAAAGGAUGUGAAUAUGUCCAUAAAUAUACGGGUACCUAAUUGUUAUCAAUAUUAAUAUCCUACAUUCAGAUUUGUGUUUUGUUGGAAGGUUUGUCAUUUCGGGGCCAAAUUUCAAGGCUUUGGUUACCGCUGAAUUCUGCACAUACGAUCUUGAUUCUGCGCUUGCCUUGUAAGCUUAGAAUGCCUAGUAACGUGGAGUACGCACGCGCAGAAACCAAAGUUUGCCGCAAACCUGUGAAAUACGCUUGCC